AGUCUUGCACAGGUGUACCGGCUCCUCCCCUUCAGUCUUGUACAGGUGUACCGGCUCCUCCCCUUCAGUCUUGCACAGGUGUACCGGCUCCUCCCCUUCAGUCUUGCACAGGUGUAUCGGCUCCUCCCCUUUAGUCUUGCACAGGUGUACCGGCUCCUCCCCUUCAGUCUUGCACAGGUGUACCAGCUCCUCCCCUUCAGUCUUGCACAGGUGUACCGGCUCCUCCCCUUCAGUCUUGUACAGGUGUACCGGCUCCUCCCCUUCAGUCUAGCACAGGUGUACCAGCUCCUCCCUUUCAGGCUUGCACAGGUGUACCAGCUCCUCCCCUUCAGUCUUGCACAGGUGUACCGGCUCCUCCCCUUCAGUCUUGCACAGGUGUACUGGCUCCUCCCCUUCAGUCUUGUACAGGUGUACCGGCUCCUCCCCUUCAGUCUUGCACAGGUGUACCUGCUCCUCCCCUUCAGUCUUGCACAGGUGUACCAGCUCCUCCCCUUCAGUCUUGCACAGGUGUACCGGCUCCUCCCUUUCAGGCUUGCACAGGUGUACCGGCUCCUCCCCUUCAGUGUU